GACAUCACAGGACCAGGACUUACCACAAAAACACUGAAAACAGAUGAGGACCAAACGACUAUCAGAUGUCCUGUGACUCCGAGGAGCACACAGUUCAGCCUCUGUUACAAAAUACCUGUGAGGAGAAACAAUCCGGCCAUAAAACAACAGCUUUUGGAGCGACACUGUGAAGUAUGUCUGCUGAACACACAGAGACCCGGGGAGACACUACAUGUCAGAGUGGAGCUGGUGUUUUUUUCUCCAACCCUUUGAUGAGUGACUUUGAAUCAGACUGGUCCCCGAUUCAUGAUACUGCCUUUAAUGGACGUGUCCUCGCUCUGCAGAGACUCAUUGCUCAGGGUACAUGUGUGAACCUGAACACUCUGGACCAGGUUUCUCCCCUUCAUGGAGCUUGUUUACAAGGCCACGAGUCCUGCGCCAAGCUUCUGGUGGAUAAUGGGGCAAACGUUAACAGUUCAACAGUGGACGGACAAACUCCCCUGUCUGAAGCUUGUGCCCGAGGCCAUGUGACCUGCGUAUCGUUGCUCCUUCAACACGGAGCGACUCCCAUGGGGACCAGCCAGACCAGCUCUCCGAUCCACCGGGCUGCAGCCAAAGGUCAUCCAGAGUGCAUCAAGUUGCUUGUUCAGCACGGCGCUGAUGUGGAUCAGUGUAUCGACCAAUCAGGGUUCCCUCUGCAUACCGCCUGCUCCAAUCAGCACCUGGGUACUGUGAGGAAACUGCUUCAACUUGGUGCCAGUGUGAACAGCUGUGCAUCUGGUGACUCGCCGCUGCACAUCGAUGCCCGUCUGUCCAGCCCUGAGAUGGUGUCAGUCCUGCUUGACCACGGGGCCGAUCGAUCCCUCAGGAACUCGGAGGGCAAACAGCCACUGGACCUUGCGCCUCCCAACAGCCUGGUGGAGAGGCUGUUGAGACAAGCAGGAACGUCUCCCUUAAUGCAGCUGUGCCGGCUGAACAUCAGGAAAACUGUGGGCAAGCAGAGACUGGGUGGGAUUCACGACCUUCACCUUCCCACAGAAGUGAAACAGUAUCUCCUCUACCAAUCAGACCCAGAGGGAGUCUCAUCUAAUGCUUAGAGGAGCUCAGACUCUGAGCAUUUAACUUCUAGGUCAGUAGGGGGUGAAGUUGCAUAAUCUUCCAUGGCUCAUGGUUGUGGUAGUCAUUAACUCAAGACCUCUGUAAACAAACUCUCAAAUUCUCAUGAUCAGUCUGGACUUUAUGUGAACGCUUACAGCGAGUUUUAAUCAUUAAGUAUUCAUAAACAAAAUACAUACAUAUUUAAAAUGAGAAUAUGCUAAGAAAUGCUGCAUAAUUAAUGUAAAAUAAGGUACUGAAACAAUAUUUGUUAGAUUGCACAAGCCUCUGCAUUCAGCCGAUGUAGUUUUUGUUAUUUAAAAUUGAAUUUAUGUCUAAGAUACUGCUGUAUUGAUUUUUCUCCCCCUUCAGACCUACACUAGAUAAACUCUCAUGUGAAAUCUUGUUCAUGUCCGCUACAAUUCAUCCCUAGAAUGUUCCUGGAAACGGCUCAGCGUGUUUGGCUCUUGCAGGGUAUGUAGUAAUUUUUUUUCUGAGGGCAAAAAAACAACAACCUGUUUGUAGAUCAGCUGAAAACACAGUAGAUAAGUCAUCUCCACCUAAUAAAAAGUCACCUUAAAAGUGUCCUUGAAUUUGAACACAUCAAUAUUUUUGUACUGCAAUUAUCAUGACUAUGACUUAAUAAUAAAAACUAAGGGAUUUUUUUCCCAUUAUUUCAAA